AUGCCAUUUAAAGCUUUAACAACUCUUAUUAUCCGCUGGAUAUUAACAAUUUAUAUUACAAACGGUGAUAAAGUUUGUGGUAAGAAUGAAGUUAAAAGCGACUGCGCUGGUUGUGAAUUAAAAUGUGGUCAAAGUGAAUCCGAACCAUGUCCUGCGAUAUGUCGGCAAAACGAAUGUUACUGUCCAUCUGAUGCUUACCGCCGAAAUGCAUCAGGGGAAUGUGUGCCCAUUGCUGAAUGCCCUGAAGGGAAAAGAAUGAGUUAG